AUGUUUAAAGGCCAAUUUGCAUUGAUAACUGGAGGAUCUCGAGGUUUAGGAUUUGCAAUUGCUUCGAAACUAGCUCAAGAAGGUGCAAAUGUCACUUUAGUUUCAAGAAACACAUCUGCUUUAAAGAAGGCAGUAGAGAGAUUAUCUUUGAAGCAUGAUGGUCAAAAGCAUUUUUAUCAAUCAGUAGACUUGCUAAAUUUAGUCGACCCAAAUAGCUCGAGCUUACCGGUUAUGCAAAAUCUUUUAAACCUUAAUACGAUAUUGGUCAAUUGUGCUGGAGUAACUACACUGAACUUGUUGCACAAGACAAGUCACACUCAAACUCUUGAAACGUUGAACUUGAAUCUCACAGUUCCAAUUCUAUUAAGUCAAAUGGCUAUAAGAAACAUGAUACGGCACCGCAAAUUGAAUCCAUCGAUUUUGAACAUCUCUUCAAUAUUGUCUUAUACAGAACAUUUACUUCCUGGAACUUCAGUAUAUGCAGCUUCAAAAGCGGGACUUUUGGGAUUUACUACGAGUUUGGCAAACGAAUUGAAAGGAAGAAUUAGAGUUAAUGCAUUGCUACCUGGUUUGAUGAGAGAAACAGAUAUGGGCUCUUUGGUAACAACAACAAAUUUUGCACUGGACGUUUCUGUGUCUGUAUCUUGUGUCGCAAAUGAGGCAUUGAAAAUAUUGGAGAAUUUGUCAAUGAAUGGUGAGUGUAUAAUAUUAGACAAUAAACUUCAAAAAGGUUAG